AUGUAGAAUCAAGAGCCAUAAAUUAAUCCUCAAUUAGCUCCAGUCAUUGCUAAGCAAUUGCAAAUGAUCAUCAAAUAACCAAUUGAUGGAGUCCAUGUAAUUUUCAAUGAAUAAGAUGUUUUUGAUAUUUAAGCAGAUAUUGAUGGUCCAGUUGACACUCCAUUCCAAGGAGGUGUUUUUAGAUGCAAAUUGAUUUUGCCACCCCAAUUCCCCUAAAUGGCACCCAAAGGCUUAUUUAACACCAAAAUCUUCCAUCCCAAUGUGUCAGAAAAGGGAGAGAUAUGUGUCAAUACUUUGAAGAAAGAUUGGAAUCCUCUUUAAUGGUCAUUAAAAAACAUCUUUGAAGUUAUUAAGUGUUUGUUAAUUGUUCCCUUUCCAGAAAGUUCCUUAAAUGAAGAAGCCGGAAAACUAUUUAUGGAAAACUAUGACGAAUAUUUCAAAAGAGCCAAAUUACUAACAAAUAUAUAUGCAUUGAAGUAGGAGGCAAACAUUUUAAAAGGAAAUAAUCAAAUCGUUAUUGAUGAAGCUGAUAAAAAAAAUAAAGUAACUUAAACCUAACAGAAAAAAGAAAACGAUUAGAAGAAGUGGCUCAAAAGAAUAUGA